GUGCUAUUUGUUUUGGACAACCAAAUAAAAGUAGUUACAGCCUUACAGGCCUUUUCUUGCCUUUGUGGCCAAAACAAUGAGCUUAUGAGCCUCAGCUAUUCUAUCUCAUCUCAUCAGACAUGACAAUUUAUGGUGAUCUUCAUUUGAUGAAGGCAUGUCUCGUCUUUCCAAAGAAAUGGGUGUGUUCAUUUAAAACAUGCACAGUAGUAAUAAACUAAUAAACCACUGUGUCUAGCAGUUACAUUAGCAAAAAAUCCCUUAGACACGAGGGUGGAAGGAGGGCCUCUAAGUUCUAAUCACUUGGCCAACCUUAAUUUUAGUAGUAUGAUGAUACAAAUUAGUAACAUAAUUUCACUCAAGAUUUAACAACUUAUCCUAUAAUAUAAUGAGCUAAAUAUGCCUAUCGUAACUAGAGAAUCAAUGAGAGGGGUUCGAUCCUCACCUUAAAUAAAUAAGAUCCCUAAUUUCCCCCUAAACAGUAUUAUUGACGUUUUUUCAAAACGGAAUAUUAAAAAAGUUCCUCACAUAGGUCUUCUUCCAAAAAAUUUCUUCUUUCUCUUACUACUUUUGUUGUACUUUCCUCAUUUGAAUAAAUAAAAAAAAAAAAAAAAAAAAAAAACUACUUUUUUUUUAAAAAAAAAUACAGAGUACAAUAAAGAAGUUAUAGCCGUACUCAAAAUUUAAACCAAACACUCCCGCUCUCUCUCUAUCUCUCUCUCCUCAAACUCAAAUCUCUCUUUGUUCACCCAGAUUCACCACUACGCAUUGCUCCUCCCAGGUUAAUGAAAAAUCGUCAACAUUAGUAUAUUACUGAAGCAAUAAUUGGAGCAGUUCAAUUUAAUCAAAGCAAAAUGGAUGGAGUGUACAAGGAAUUGGAAGAAUCAAAAGCAGAAUUAGAGAGGCUGAAGGAAGAAUAUCGAGUCAAAGCUGAACUUGCUGAGAGUCUAAGGAGAGCUCACUCAGACCAACAAGCGAAAAGUCAAGAAGCUAAGUUGCAGAUUGAUAAGCAGGCAAAGGAACUGAAUGAAAAAUCAGAGGAGUUGGCCGAAUUGAGACAGCUUUAUGGAGAGGUCAAAUCCAAAUUGAUUGAAGUGGAAUCAUCACUUAAGCAAAUCAGUUCUGUGAAUGAUAAGAUUCGGAUGGAUUCUGGUGAGAAAGUGCAGAAGUUGGAAGGGGAAAACAGAAAAUUGGUGUCAGCUUUAGAGGAAGCAACAGGAAGAAGUGAUGAAUUGGAGAAGAAGCUUUGUGCUUGCAGUAAAGAGAAUGAAGGUUUGAAAGCCCUUCUAUCAGAAUCACAGCGGAAGCUUUCUCAAGCAGAAGAAAAAGCCAAAGCAGGAAGAGAAUUGAUGCACCGAGAGGAAGUUAUAUCGAAAUUGGAGGAGCAAAGCAUGAGUGUCCAAGAUCAACUGAAAUGGAAGAAAGAGCAGUUCCAACAUCUUGAAGAAGCUCACAAGCGGCUUCAAGACCUGUUCCAGUCCAGCAAGAAGGAAUGGGCAUCUGAAAAAUCGAAUAUGUUGGAUGAGAUGACAGCAUUGCAGUUCAAAUUGGAUUCUCAAAUUAGAAUCACCGAAAGCCUUGAAACCCGUCUAAAGAUGUGCAAUCAAGCUCUGGCACAUGAAGAAAGCCGAAGGAAGGCAUUGGACGUUCAAUUGUCAGAAUCAAAACAGCGCUUUGAAAAUGUUUUAUCAGAGUAUGAGGAUGUAAAAGAAAAGUUUGAAAGCCUCAGCACAAAACGUGAUGAAGAUAUAGCAGUUUUGAGGAACUCUCUUGGGACAAAAGAGAUACUAUUGAAGGAGAUGGAGUACAGGACUACUCACCUUGAGCAAGAGAACAAGGAGCUCCUUGGAUCUUUGAAAGAGCUAAGGGAAGCUCAAAUUAACAAGAGAAAAGUGGACCCAUCUCUCAAUAAGAUUCGCAACAAGCUGAAAGAGUUGGAGCUGGUGCACGGCAAUUGUUCUUUGGCUUUGAAGGAAAAAGAAGCUGAAUGGACAUUCAAAAUGGAGAAGCUGAUCGAAGAUACAAAGUGUUAUGAAUUUGAGUUAAAGAGGCAAGGUGAACAGCUAAAGCAACUGAAGAUGCAAUUAGAUGAUUGUCACUCUGCAAUGAAGGUUUCAGGUGAAGAAACAUCCAUUCUGCUCUUGAUGAUGAAGUCAGAACUUUCUGAUGCUUACUCAAAGCUCUUCAAGUCAGAGGAUCAGAUUAAAGCAUUCAACAAAGAAAAAGGAGAAAAGAUUGCGGUUUCUGCUCAGCGUUUAGAGAUGGGAGAUUGCUCUCCUGUGGAAGACCAAGCUCAUGGGGCACAGGCGCAUCAGGAGAUUGCAAUGAUGGCUGAAAAGCUGGAAUCAAUAAAGCUAUUGGAAGAGCGUAGUAACUUUUUGGAAUGCACUCUUGCAGAGCACAAAAAGAUGCUUGAAGAGUCAUCAAACUGCCAACUGCACUUGAAAGAACAAGUUAGUCAGAUGGAGGUUUCUCUCAAAAAUCUUUCCACUGCUCUAGAAAAGUCGAAUUCUGAAUUGGCUGCAAAGAUAAGUGAGGCUACACAAACAGAGAUGGAACUGCAAUUAUGGAAAUCUAAAGCAGAAAGCUUUAGAACUUGCCUUGAACAAAGCCAGGAGGCCUUUAAGCAAAUGGAGAAGUCCCUUCUUGAAAAAGUUGAGACAGAACAAUGUCUUAAAAAAGAGAACAGUGCUUUGCAAAGCAAAUUGAAAGAAGAAGAGCAGAAAAUUAUGGAUCUCCAGCAAAAUAUUGAUUCUCUUGAUCAAAAGUUGAUGCAAAAAGAAGCAGCUACAGAGGCAAUGAAAUUGGAGGUGGUAGAAGCUUACAAGAAAGGCGAGCACUAUGUCAAAAUCCUAAAAGAAAGAGAUGCCAUAGUUGAAAACCUUCAAAAAGAGAUAGAAGCAGUGGAAGAACAAUCCAUGAGAAGGGAAUCAGAAGCAGCUAAAUCUGCCAAGCUAGAAGCAGAGUACAAGUACAAACUUGAAAAGGAAGAGCUGAGUAAGACCAUCACAGCAGAAAGGGAUGCUGCAGUUAGAUACCUUCAAAAAGAGAUUGAAGCAUUGGAGGAACAAUCCGUGAAAAGGGAAUCAAUAGCAGCUGAAUCUGCCAGGCUACAAGCAAAAAACGAGUAUGAACUUGAAAAGAAAGAAUUGUGUAGGACCAUCACAGAAGAAAAGGAUGAGCAGUUAAGGUGUAUCCAGAGUUUUGCUUCAUCUUUACAACAGGAUUUCAUGGAAUUGGUUCUCUAUACCUUCUCACAAGGUAUAGAAAACGUGGUUAAGAUUGUUGCACUUCAAGAUGCUUUACAGAAGUCUGAAUCCCACGUGAAGACUGAAGUGAAAAUGAAGAAUGAUGCAAUUGAAGGACUGAAAAACGAGGUCAGUACUCUGCAUGGAAGGAUUUUGCUUCAAGAGGAUUCUUUACUUCACUCAAAACAAUCAGCUAAAGAGCUUGAAGCUCAGUUAGAGUUUAAGAAGCUGGACACCGAGAAAUUGUCAAACAAGUUAAAGGAGGAACAUGAUAAGUGGAAAGAACUCAUGGAAGAACUCAAACAAGAGAAAGAGGUUGCUACAACUAGCAUCAAAAGGCUGUCUUCUGAACGGGAUAACCUGCUCAUGUACUCUGAAGAAAUCUGUGAGCAAGUUGGCCAUUUUUGUUCAGAAGAUGUAAAGCUUGAGGGAAUGUUGAGAAAAUUGUUGCAGACUUCUGAUUUGGAUGAUAUUUUGACAUCAGUUGAUGACCUUGAUGUAAUAUCAAAUAGAAUUUCUGACUCUGUGCUUAUAGAAAUGAAGAAGGAAGUCGAAGCAACCCGUGAUAGAUCACCACUACGUGAGAUUAACCAUUAGUAGCUUACUAGCUUCUGAUACGAAAUUUUUAAGUCAUUCUUUCAAUGCCUUA